UCCAAUGUUGCUUAAUCUCAUGUCAUCAGCUACUUGAGAUAAUGGGGGAAUUCACCCCAGAUCAGCAACGGGCUUUCUGCCAGUUUGUUACCGGUGCUCCCCGACUUCCACCAGGUGGUCUGGCUGUACUGAAUCCCAAGUUGACAAUUGUUAGAAAGCAUUCAAGCACGGGCAACAGCACAACCAAUGGUUCUGGUCAAUCUGAAUCUGCUGAUGAUGACUUGCCAAGUGUCAUGACAUGUGCGAAUUACUUAAAGCUUCCUCCCUACUCCUCCAAGGAAAUCAUGCACAAGAAACUUCUCUAUGCAAUAAGCGAAGGGCAAGGAUCUUUUGAUUUGUCUUGAGUCUCCGAACUAACUGGCUGGAUUUUCGUUUUAGCAUAUCAGAAGCCUUACCUUCCAGGUUAACUGACAAAAUGGCUAGUUAAGGUCAGUCCUCGCUUUAAGAUAGAAGAUUGAUGGGUUGUCUUCUAUUCCUGAAAGAGCUUAUGAGGUAUUUUUUGGUGGAGCUCUGGUGCCUGUCCUUGUAAAUGAGGGUGAUAAUUUUUUCAUUUCCUGUCUUCUUUCCCUAUCGUAUGAACAUUUGUUAGUAGAUAUGUAUAUCUAUAAGGGCGUGUUGCCUAUUUCCUUUGAUGGCCGUACGUUUGGAUGUUAGUCGUUUCAUUUUACAAUUUUGUCAUUAAUGAAUCAGCCAUUGAGAGACUUACUUCUCGAAUUCUCUUUUACUCGAGAAUUCACCUAUCUAUAUAGGGUUGUCCAUCGUG